AUGUUUGCGGGUGAUACCCAAAUUGCAACAUCAAGUGACGAUAUCAAAGUUAUCACUGAAACAUUAAAUAGAGAUUUAAACAAUGUUGCAAAUUGGCUGUCCGCAAACAAAUUAACCCUGAACAGUAGUAAAACCGAAUAUAUGAUAAUUGGUUCAAAGAAAAGGCUUAGUCAAGUGACUGCCGAUCCUGCUAUUAGUGUAGGUAACUUAGAAAUUAAGAGAGUUGAAAUGACAAGAUCAUUGGGCCUAAUGAUAGAUGAGUCUUUAGACUGCAGGACCGCGCAGGUCGAACACAUUUCAAAAAAGGUCACUUCAGGCCUUGCUAUUCUCAGACGACUCCGGGAUACAGUCGAAUUCAAUACCUUAAUAACAAUAUACAAAUCCAUAAUUCAACCUUAUUUCGAUUAUUGUGCUCAAGUGUGGGGUUGCUUAGGGAAAACACUAGUAGCUAAAGUCCAAAAAUUACAAAACAGAGCGUUUCGAAUAAUCACUCGUGAGAAUUAUACGACACGAUCGGCUGAUAUAUUAAACAAGCUAAAAGUUCCGAACCUCGAAAAAAGAAGAAUGCAACAACUUUCAAUUCUCAUGUACAAAGUGAAAAACAAAUUGGUCCCCGAUUACUUGUGUGAUAUGUUCACAAAUGUUGGUGAUGUACACGACCAUAACACAAGACAGUCGGGAGCCGAUUUGACAUUGCCUAAACCAAAAACAAAUAGUAUGAAAAAUGCAUUCUCCUACAGAGGUGCGGAAGUCUGGAACUGCCUUCCUGCAUCGAUAAAAGCAUCAACAACUAUUGCUAAUUUUAAAUCUAACUUGAAGCAUGCAAAUUAACAUCAAGUGAUCCUGCCAUUGUUUCCAUCUUCCUAAAAUAACAAUGCACGUCGAAACUGCGAUCAAAAGUCCUCGCGCAAAAAGGGGGAAAUUUUAUGUAUGCUCGUGAAGGAAAACCUUCAGAAUAAUUUUUGAUUGGUUAAUCUCAAGUUCGCAUCAGUUGUUCACAUGCUUAGUAGCCAAAGUUCGAUUUUUAUCUGAUAUUUUGUGAUAUUAACAGGACUAGAAAACGGUUCCCUUGUUCUUCCAAGGUACUUGGACCUUGUACGUACCUUGUACGGAUUGAUUCUUGUGACGCAGAUGUGUUGGCAGACUGAAAACACCCUCGGAGAAAUGGCAUUAACCGCAAUUUAUAGCUUUGCUUAAAUUGAUUUUUUAAUUGAACUACGGAGAAAUACUUGGAGCACUACACCGGAAUCGCAGCGCCGCAGGUUCGAUUCCCGAUAGUUGUAUUUUCCACAACUGCUCCUGGUCCCCGAGCCGACGGCGCGAAGCGCCGUGCGAGGGUACUAAUUCCCCCCGGCUAUUUACACCCGGGGAAACGAAAGCAUUACGAAGUCUAAAGUUCAUCAAUCAUCGCGGGCGCUGACCAACGAACGACGAUCUUGAGUGGGUGUAAUAUUUCAAUUUUAAAAAACAUAUAUUUGGAAAAUCGUUUCAUAUACAACAAGCUUGAAGCAAUUUUGUUUCAAGAAAUGAGAAGAAUUGGUUCACUACGGGAAAUCGUGAAAUAUACGGCAAGUUUGCUUUGAAUAUUUUUAAACUGUUUACGAAUUUUGUUGCUUUAACUUUUUACGUAAUAAAAAACAUGAACUAUAGAAGCUCUAAGUUUCAUAAAUUACCGUUUAAUUUGAGAAAAAAUCUUAAAAUGUAAAGGCGAACAAAUUGAUUUGAAGACUGAACUGAAAUUACCUAACAAUUUUAUUUUAUUUGUAUUAAACUUAUCAAACAGUUUAUCGGCAAAAUGUAGGUUUACUUGAAUGAACAUUUCAAAACAUUUUAUGAAGCGUUUCAAAUCAAUUGGUCAUUUCUGAAUACUUCAUGUUUAAUGUAUGGCAAUAUUGGCGAGGGGUUUAUGCUGCAUGCAUGUAGUUCUAGUUAGGUCUAAUAAAUGUACAAAAAUUGCACUCGAAUUUUCCAUCUACUGAUUAUGUCAUACGAACAAUUAUAUUCAAAUUAUAUGUAUCAUCAAACCUUGUAUACUUAGCUUAUAUAGGGUGUCCCAAAAAACCCCGAAAACUAUCGAAAUAACGUAUUGUUAGAAUUUGAAUGCCUCAGCACUCUGCUGAACCCACACGUGCAUCAAAAUAAAGCUUGACAUAAGUAAAUUUUAUGCAUAAAGAAACCGUUUAAGAAGCUGCUUUAAAUUCUAAGGAGCAGAAAAUCGUGCGCUUUACAAAGAUAUUUUAAUUUCUUAAUAAGUUAAUAUUUAUAAUAUAUGCACCCUGUCAAUAUUUUACGCAUCUUUGCGUUCAGCUUAGUGCUAGGGCAUUCAAAUUUUAACAAUACGUUAUUUCUGUGAUUUCGCGUGUUUUUUUUGGGACAUCCUGUAAUAUAAUUCUGAGGAGUUUAUUCCAGCACUCAAGGAUUUUCAGAGCCUAAACAUGUUUGUAUUGCGGCAUUUAACAUGAUACCAUAGUAAAUUGUUUGCUUUAAAUGCAGGCUGGCUGAUGAUGAUAAGAAUGCAGCAAAAACAGGUGUAACUGAAACAACAAUGGUUCCAACUUUCUUCGUGCAUCCAACCAAUAAGAAUAUCCGUUUCUGGGACCUACCCGGCAUUGGAACAACAAAUUUUCCCGAUUUUCCAACUUUCUGUGAAAAAGUUCACAUUCAAAACUACGACACUUUUUUGAUAAUCUGUGCCGGAAGGUUCACAGUAAAUGAUCUCAUGUUAGCAAAGAAAGUUAAAUCGAUGAGCAAGUCUUUUUUCUUCAUUCGCACCAAGAUCGACCAAAGCAUUGCAGGUGAACAAAAAAAGAGAAAUUUUGACGAAGACAAGGUUCUGAAAGCGAUCAGGGAUGAUUGUGCUAAACAGUUGGAAGGCUUAAACAAAGGGAAGAUUUUCUUGGUUAGCAGUUGGGAUCGUGCUCUCUGGGAUUUUGGUCGUUUAGAAAAAGCAAUCCUGGAUCAAUUGCCUUCCAAGCAGAAAGAGUCCCUAGCAUUUUCCUUGCGCUCUAAGUCAAGAGAUGUUUUGAAGGAAACAAUUAAAAUACUCAAAGGUAUGUGUGAUAAAUUUUUUGAGUUCAUGGCACACAGGUGA